AAGCGGAAUUCAGUUCUCAUGGUAUUUGUGACGCUCAGUUUCCACUUUCAAUGUUAUUUUUCAAUAUAAAAAAACACAGUGAUGAUAAUAAGUCAAGUUCACAGCCAGACAUCGCCAUGAUAAUGAAAAACGUGGAAAUACUGAAGGAACAUGGAUUUGUUACUAAUUGAAGAAAUCAUUCAGAAAGCCGAAGAAAAUCAUAAAGAGGUUUUAAAUCUGAGUCACCGUAAUAUAAAAGUUGUAUCAAGUAAUAUACAAAAACUUCUAAACCUGCGGAAACUGAUGCUAAAUAACAAUGAAAUCCUGAUGCCUCCGUCUGAGGUGACCAAAUUACUUCUUUUAGAAGAGCUGGUGCUAAAUAAUAAUCGACUGACAAUGUUACCAUCAGGAAUGAAAUCACUUAAGAACCUAACAUACCUGAAUUUGUCGUACAACCCUCUUGGAGUUCUGGGAGACGAAAUAGGAGACUUGUGUUCACUGACUCAACUUUGGCUUGCAGGAUGUCAGCUCACAAACCUGACGGAAAGUGUUUGUAGAUUAAAACAACUCAGGAAAUUAAGUGUGAAAGAAAAUUUCAUUUCAGAAGUUCCCGAUGGAUUUGAAAGUCUUUCAAAUUUGAUGUGGUUAUGUUUAGCUGAAAAUAAAUUUGAUCAGUUACCUGUAAAACUGAAAAAAUUGUCAAAUUUAGCUUAUCUCAAUCUAGAUCACAAUCAGUUCCAAGACAUUCCAGUAUUUGUACUAGAACUUGAAUCUCUGACAAAUCUUAUGAUGAAGGGCAAUCUUGUGAUGAGUGUGGAUGAUGAUACAAUUUUGGCUCUGUCUAAACUAACCAAGUUUGAUCUGAGGGAUACCUGUAUUAUUGAAAAGCCUGCUCAUUGGAAGGGUUUGGAGUAUAUAAUUGUCGGCGACAGUAAAAAGGAAAUGAAAGAACUUGCAAAUGAGGUGGCUGAAGAAGAGGAAGAUGAAGAUGAUUCAACACUCGAGGAAGAUGAGGAGGAAGAUGAGGAGGAGGAAGAAGAGGAGGAGGGAAGUGAAGAAGAUGAAAAUGAAGAGGAAAACCAACAAGUUCCCAAAGACAAUAACAAUGAUGAGAAAGUGAAAGCAUAUGAAGAUGAAACAGAUGGAAAUGAAGAAAAUAAGGCAGAAACAUCUGUCAGAGAGAAAUCAGAAAAUAAUGAUAUAAAACUUGAAAAUACAGUGUGUUGAUCAGGUUAAAGUUUUUCUGUGCAAUACUAAGCUAUAGCUAUUUUCUAUAAAUUCUUUGAAAUUGUGAUAUACAAGUACAUACAUGUAUUUUCCAAAUACAUUAUUCCACAAGAUAUCUUUUGGCUAUUCAUAAAUAUACUCUGUGGCUUAUUUAAGAUUUCUGGAUGAGAAAUCCUACAGGAUAUGUCUUAUGACUAGUCCCCAUUGAACUUGUACUUUUUAAAAACAGGGGAAAUAACUCAUGGUGACAUUCAGUGUAUUUAGCUAUUUCUAGAUUUUGUCAGAUGACCUAUUGGCAUCACCAGAUGAUGGAGUGCUGAAUCCUAAUGAAAUUUAUCACAUGCCUUGUUUUUUACAGAGUUAAGACUAUUUCUUGAUUUUAUGUGUCUGUUAGAAAAUGAAUUUGAUAGGCGCACAUAUUAUGGUACGAGUUCCCUCUGGUGUAAAUGUUUGUUUUCCAGAGAUACCCUCAAUCAGACAUUCAUUUUAAACUUGGUUGGCGUAUAAUCAACAUAUGCAGUUGUUUUUCCAGAGCAACAGAUUGAUUUGAAAUCUUUGAAAAAGGAAGACAGUUUUAUUUGUUUAUUUCAGUUUUUUAAUCUAGUCCAGCUGAGACGCCCUCACAGUAUUUAACCAAUGUCUUCGAAACUUAAUAGACAUUAUAAUCAUGAUCUACAGAUGUGAUUUCCUUUGACUAUAUUUUCAAUAGUUUUUAUACAACAAAAUUAUGGGGGUAAUGCAAUGAAAGUGUAGGGUAUAUCAGCUGGAAUCAGGUUUUUGUCUGUCUAUCUGUGUACAUGAUUUGAACUCUACCCACAUGAUGUACAUUUUCAUCAAAACUUUGUGAAACUCCGUGGAUGUAGUCACACACUUCAGUUGUGCUUCUAGACUUCUUUCUCAGAUUUCCCCCUAUCUUUGUGGCAGUUAUGUGUAUGCCUUUAAUCCUGUCUGGAUAACUCUUUGUGCAGUUUUAAUCCAAAUUGUGUGAACCAUCAGUCAGAUGCAGUCAUCACACAUUGAUGUUGUGUACCGUUACCAAUUUUACGAUCCGUCAAUUUUUGUUGUAUUUAUGCUCAAUGUGUUCAGCAUUACUCACACACAAAUAUAUAUAACUGUGAUUGAUUUAAUAACCAUAGCUGUUGAUAGGAUGGUUAACAAUAUACGAAACCAAUUUAUAAUAUCAUAGGCAAUUAAGUUGUACAAAAUUGUGACCAUACAUUAAAUUGACAGGGUCACAUGGCAGAUUGAGAUGGCUGAAUAAAUACUUAAAGUCAGUUGACAUCUAUGUAAUAAGACAAAAAGACAUGUCUUCAAUUUUUUGAAACGGAAAUUGUCAAUAAUACGGUCACUGCUUAAGACUGAUAGGAUAUAUUUUUUAUAUUUUGGAUCAUCCAUGAAGUUAGAGAAUUCCACCAUUUCUUUUUCUUUUUUUUUCUUUUUUUUUUUUUG